CUUCUCCAUUGCCUCAGCCGAAGAAAACACCGCAGAUAUCUCUUGGAACUUCUCAAAAUGGCAGAGAGAGGAGGAGAGCGAGGUGCGUUCCGCCGGGGUUUUGGUGGUGGUGGCGGCAGGUCGGACCGUGGUCGAGGUCGUCGUCGCGGACGCAAAGAAGAGGAGGAAAAAUGGGUACCCGUAACUAAGCUCGGGCGUUUGGUCAAAGCUGGAAAAAUCACUUCUUUGGAGCAAAUCUACCUCCACUCCCUCCCAAUCAAGGAACAUCAAAUCGUCGAUCUCCUUGUCGGUCCCUCCUUGAAGGAUGAGGUUAUGAAGAUCACCCCUGUCCAAAAACAGACCCGCGCCGGACAGCGCACGCGCUUCAAGGCGUUUGUUGUGGUGGGUGACGGCAACGGUCACGUCGGUCUGGGAGUGAAGUGCAGCAAAGAAGUCGCCACUGCUAUUCGUGGGGCGAUUAUCUUGGCGAAAUUGUCUAUCAUCCCCGUGAGGAGAGGUUACUGGGGUAACAAGAUCGGAAAGCCUCAUACAGUGCCCUGCAAGGUUACUGGUAAGUGUGGGUCAGUGACAGUGAGGAUGGUGCCCGCUCCAAGAGGUGCUGGGAUUGUGGCUGCCAGAGUGCCCAAGAAGGUGCUGCAGUUUGCUGGGAUUGAGGAUGUCUUCACCUCCUCCAGGGGUUCCACCAAGACUCUUGGUAACUUUGUGAAGGCCACUUUUGAUUGCCUCUUGAAAACUUAUGGCUUCUUGACACCUGACUUUUGGAGGGAAACCCGCUUUAGCAAGUCUCCUUUCCAGGAGUAUUGGGAUCUAUUGGGAAAGCCAACAAAAGCCCUCCUUUUAGAUGAUGUGGAAAAUGCAAAUGCAUAAUGGGGAUACAUCUGAGUUCUUAUCAAGAGGAGUUCUAGUGGCUAGAGUGAAUUGGUUUUUAGUCUUCAGACAAAUAGACAAUGAAUUGUUCUCCUUUUGCUUUCUCUGGAUUUUGUCUUGAGAUAUCUAGUAUUUUUGUUAAUCAACUUCUUGUUUCUUGAGCAAAUAUGGAUUCUAUUUACGUGGGUAAUUUCCAAGUCUUCAUGUUUCCCCUCUCUAUAUUCAACCUCGAGAUUGAUGAUUUG